AUGUCUGCCUAUUCUGAAACUACCUUUGAUAGCAAGCACUAUGACGACACUAGGCCCAACUACCCUGAAGCCUUUUAUAAGGAAUUGCUCCUGUACCAUUCUGCAGUUCUGAAAGGGGACGACUCUAGGUUGACCACAGCUGUUGACUUGGGUUCUGGUUCAGGAUUUGUUACUUUCAAGCUCUUGGACUACUUCAAGAAGGUCUAUGGUGUAGAUCCAUCCUGUAAGAUGAUUAUGCAAUGCAAGGAGAGCGAGCAAUUUGAGGAAGCCAAUGCUGAAGAAGAUCGUAUUGACUUCCAUCCUGGAACAGGAGAAUUCUUUACGGUUGCUAUCAACAACCAUUCGGUUGAUUUAAUUACCGCUGGUGAAUCUUCGCAUUGGUUUGACCAUCCUCUAUUCUUUAAGGAGGCGAACCGUGCCCUUAAGCCUAAUGGCACGUUGGCAUUCUGGCUUUACAAGGACCCGGUGUUUAUUGGCCAUCCCAAGGCCAACGAGAUUUACACGAAUUACACCUAUAAUUCGUCGAUUGAGAAAAACCCGGACGAUGGUUUCGAAAAAUGGAUGGGGCCCUACUACCAGCAACCAGGUCACGACUAUUUGAGAACCUUGAUGAAGGAAAUCGAAGUGCCUGAAGACUUGUACUACGACAUCCAGAGAGUUGAGUACAUCUCAGAACGAGAUGGAGUUCCAGACAACUUUGACCCAAAGGCUGCGAAAACCAAGCUUUUCAUCCACAAGAAAAUCACAGUUAAGUGGUUCCAUGACUACGUCAAGAGCUGGAGUGCUUACCAUUCUUGGAUGAAAGAGCAUGGGGAAAAGUACGAUAUUGCCGAUAAGUUUGUCGACGAAUUGAAAGAGGCACUGGGCUGGCAGGAUGACACUGAGUUGGAUGUUGUCUGGGACACAGUCUAUACGUUUGCCAGAAGAAAGUAG